AUGGCUGAAAGUAUGGAGGACCAUCUUCAAUGUCCCACCUGUCUGGACGUCUUCAGAGAUCCUGUCAUGCUGCCGUGCAGUCACAAUUUCUGCCAUGCGUGUCUGCAGCAGUGGAAGGACGCAGGAGAACAAUCGUGUCCAGUCUGUAGGAAAGAGUUUAGGUCGAUGGAUAUCCCUCUGAACCUGGCACUGAAGAAUCUGUGUGAAAACUUUCCUCGGGCCUCAAUCAAGUCAGAGGACAUAUGCAGCAUGCACCAAGAGGAACUCAAACUCUUCUGUUUGGACCACCGGGAGAUUGUGUGCAUCAUCUGCAUGGACUCAGAAAUCCACGUUGGUCACACGUUCCGGCCCCUCAAAGAAAUUGUGAAAGGUCAUCAUGAGGAACUCAAGGAAGGCCUGCAGAAGGCCAAGGAAAGACUCCAAGAUUACAAAGAUUGUCGAGGGAACUGCAAUGAACAGGCAAAGUACAUCAAAGUCCAGAGGGAGAAUGUCGAACGCAAGAUUAAGAAGGAUUUUGAGGAGCUCCGGCGCUUUCUCGACGUCGAGGAGGAGGCCAGGUUAGCUGCAGUCAGGGAGGAAGAGCAGAAGAAGAGUAAGAUCAUAAAGGAGAAGAUUGUGGUUCUUGGCCAACAAAUGACCGCACUCUCGGAUGUCAUCAGAAGCACUGAGGAGCAGCUGGCGUCUGGCAAUGUUUCUUUCCUGAAGAACUUCAAGACUGCGAUGAGCAGAAUCCAGGAGAUGCCUGAAAAGCCGCAGCUGCUGCCAGGUGGUCUGCUGGAUCAGUGGAAGGACACAGGAGAACGAUCGUGUCCACUCUGUUGGACAGAGUUUAGUUUGAUGGAUAUCCCUCCGAACCUGGCACUGAAGAAUCUGUGUGAAAGCUUUUCUCUAGCCUCAAUCAAGUCAGAGGACAUAUGCAGCAUGCACCAAGAGGAACUCAAACUCUUCUGUAUGGACCACCGGGAGAUUGUGUGCAUCAUCUGCAGAGACUCAGAAAUCCACGUUGGUCACACGUUCCAGCCCCUCAAAGAAAUUGUGAAAGGUCAUCAUGAGGAACUCGAGGAAGGCCUGCAGAAGGCCAAGGAAAGACUCCAAGAUUACAAAGAUUGUCGAGAGAACUGCAACGAACAGGCAGAGUACAUCAAAAUCCAGAGGGAGAAUGUCGAAUGCAAGAUUAAGAAGGAUUUUGAGGAGCUCCGGCGCUUUCUCGACGUCGAGGAGGAGGCCAGGUUGGCUGCGGUCAGGGAGGAAGAGCAGAAGAAGAGUAAGAUCAUGAAGGAGAAGAUUGUGUUUCUCGACAGACAAAUGGCCGCUCUCUCGAAUCUCAUCAGAAGCACUGAGGAGGAGCUGGCGUCUGGCAAUGUUUCUUUCAUGAAGAAGUUCAAGACUGCCAUGAGCAGAAUCCAGGAGCUGCCUGAAAAGCCGCAGUUGCUGCCAGGAGGUCUGCUGGACGAAGCCAAACACGUGGGCAACCUGAAAUUUAAGGUGUGGGAGCGGAUGAAGGAGACGCUCGCCUACAGUCCCGUCAUUCUGGACCCCAACACGGCCAAUCCAAGAAUUAGUCUGUCUGAAGAUCUGACCAGUCUGAGUUGGGAAGACGUAGAGCAGGAGCGUCCAAAGAACCCAGGGAGGCACAAGCGGAAGAGUGUGCUGGGUUGUGCUUUGGACCUGGGAAGACACGUGUGGGACGUUGAAGUGGGAGACAACGAUUUCUGGCAUGUGGGGGUCGCGUGGGGGAACCCUUGUUUGCCAGAGAGAAUGAAUCAUAAGAUAAUUGGAUUUCAUCACGGUAAAUACCAAAUGCCUGGUGGCAAAUAUGGAGAAUGGAAUCCGCCUGUCAAAGUGCAGAGGAUCCGAGUUGAAGUGGACAUGAAUGAAAGAUCAUUGUCCUUCUCUGAACCUCUUACUAACACCAAAUUGUGGAACUGUGAGAAGCUUUGCAAUUGGCUAGACUUGUCCGGCAGCGCCAAAAUGCAUCCUUACUUUUUGACAAAUCAUGGAAGUCAUCUAAAAAUAGUCCCCAUUCCACCUGUGUUACGACUGCCAUCAGUUAGCGGUCAUGUUGACAAGGAUUGA